AUGAUCUAUUUGAAGUCACUCUUGAAUGUCAUCGACAACUCCGGCGCUCAGGUCGUCGAGUGUAUCAAGGUCCUUCGUCAUGGUCCUAGAAAUUUCGGCAAGGUGGGUGACCUAAUCACUGUCGUGGUGAAGGAAGCCAGACCUCUUUCAUCUGCCAUCACCGGCCAGAGUUCCAACAACAGAGUCAAGAGAAGAGAUAUCUGCCGAGCAGUUAUUGUCAGGACGAAAGCACCUUUCAGAAGACCAGACGGCUCCGUGGUUCGUUUUGAUGACAACGCUUGUGUGUUGGUGAACCAGAACGGUGAACCUUUAGGGUCCAGAAUCUCCUCUGUUGUCGCCAAAGAGUUGAAGGACUUGCAAUAUAAUAAGAUAGCGACGCUAGCACCAAAGACAUUCUGA